AAGGGAAACACCUUAGUGCUGUCACAUCCCAGUACAAUUUUUCUCGCGGAUCAUGAGUCUGCUGGUUUCAGUGUUAUCUUUCCCCAUUCGACCUACCUGACAUGAUGGGAUCUCAAGGAAUGAAUGUCUUAACCAAUAUAGCUCUAUUGAAUCAUCACUUUACUCGAGCCCGACCACUGGAUACAGGUAGCAGCUCUGAUCGAGUUUAUCCAGGGAUUUAUUGGAUGGGACUAUUUUUCCAUGUAUUCUAGCUUUAUUAAGUCGACCCACGUCUCUUACCAUUAAGAGAACGAUCCGAGCUGAAUGUAUGAUAUAGUUAACAGAUACUUAUACCAUAUAGUCUACAUAUGUCAAUACUACUUAGUCUAACACCCAGCAACUUCAAGGAGUGAUACUGUGUGUUUGUUCCAAUGCUCCUUAAUCUUAUUCAGAUGUACUUUUGUGUCAGCUAAUAUUAGACACUGAACUAGGCUUUCAUAACUGUUUGCUUUAACUACUCCCAUAAAGACCUAGUGUAUCCAAUUAGUAUCUUACGCCUGACCUUACGAUACAUCGAUGAAUAAUCAAAAACCUCAAAGAAACUCUGUCGUUCUAUGAUUUUAAGUGCGAAAUUAUUGGACCUUAAGCUAAGGCAUCCGGCAUAAAAGUAAUUCCAAUUCGUUAACUGACCAGGUUCAGUUGGGAGGUGGGGAGGUAGUGUUUAUAAUUCUACCCAUCUUAGUUAUUUUACUCAACGGAUUGAUCACUUCAUCUUCGGUUCUCGCGUUCUACCUUACUUCAAACUUCAACCUUAUCCGAUAAUAGUUUAAAACGUUAAUGCUUAAUCGAAGCUCGCCCUAUCAACCAUAAUAUUGUCUAAUAAGAUCGAAUUUAGUUAUUUCUCGGCUUUGUGAUUUACAGUUAUAGUCAGCUAGAUAAAACCUUUCCCUUGUCUAGAUUUCAUCCAUGUUGGGAUCUACUUAGGAACGUCUGCAAUUGUGAAUGAAAUUAAUGAUAAAUAAUAAAAUUCUAACUAACUUCAUUGAAUAUAACCUCUGACUUAUUCGGUUGAGUUAUUUGGGUUCUAUCGUACUAUGGACUAUCAAUUUUCUCUAAUCGCAGGAUACUCCGUACUACUAAGAGCUUAUUCUUCAAAGAUUACCUGGCCAUGGUCGUUCGUUAAUUGUCGGACCCUACGUUUUUUUUAUGUCUGAUUGCGUAACACCUCGGGUGAAUACUAUGACUAUUGAAGUGUCUAGCAUGAUGAUUUCAUGACAAACUUGAGGGAUAGGAUUUAAUUUAAAUUCAAUACUAAACAAUCGAACACCAUUUUAAUGUCCUUAUUCGUUACAUUUAUUUUUUCAUGUUGUGUAAAUCUUAAGGUUUACUUUAAAGCAUAAUAUUGCUAAAUUUUGUCUUUAUCAUGGGCUGAGCUUAUUUUGAUUACAAUUGAAAUAUAGGAAGCAUUGAGGAUUUAUUUCGUUCUUGUAUGGGGCUUUUAGCAAAAUCCAUCCGUCACUGCACCGGAGAUCGAACACAUGACUUUUGGGUCUCAGCAACUGCUUGAAUCCAGUGUUCUUUGUUUUGGUCCCUGGGUGAGAUCUCAUAUGUCCGCUUCUGUAGAGUCCCAUAUUAGGACGCACCAGUCGUCCAGUACUUUCUACUUUUUCACUAGUUGUCUAACUAAAAUCAGUCUGUGAUAUAAACCGUGAAAAUUUAACAAAAUUUAUUUAAAAUUUUGAAAAUUGGCUAAGCAUUUAUAUUACUACACCAUUUCUUAUUAUUCUCUUGUCUAUCCAUGUUUUUUUAUACGGAUGUAUAAGGGCUCAUGUAAAUCUACAUGUAUCUCAUAUUUGUGGAAAGUUACUAUGUAUACCUGUGUUCAUGGAAACUUGGUUAAGUAAUGAUUUAUUCGUUAAAAAUUGGAAUGUUAUAUUUGAAAACGCUUACAUAUUGGGUCAUCUUCGUUUACAAUUGUCCACUAAUAUUUCAUUGGAAUGUCGAAAUUUCAGUAAUGCAACACUUUCAUCAUUAAAUGGUUGGUUUGUAAAAUCGGUCGACUUAAAAUUGUGUGGACUACGCAUUGCAAUUUUGGAAGAGCUUAUGGAUUUGUUGAGUUGGAAACUUUAUAUCAAUCAAACAUGUAUCUUAACCACACAAACAUCAUCGUUUGAAUCAACAUGUUCUCAUUGUCAUCAAUUUACUAUUAAGCAUCAAGAGGAUACUUUACAAAUGCUGAAGCAUUCAUCAUUUUCUUUUAAAAAUAAUAAAUCUUGUUAUUUAAAACAAACAUCAGGGAAUAUUAUAUCUGAUAAUUCAUUAAAAUCAAAUUUUCAAUGUGUUCAACAAUGUUUGAAUUCUAUUAAAUUAUGUAUUUCAUUUUUACCAGUACAAUUGUUCAAUUUCAAUCAUAAUCAUCAUUUUGAACAGAUACAACCACAACUCUCUUCCUCCUCCUCAUCAUCAUCAUUACCAAGUUCAUUUGUACCUGAGAUGGGAUUCUGUUUUGAAAUCAUUAGAUAUUCAUUUGAAAGAAGUCUCCAAUUCUAUUUCACUUCGUCUCAUUUAUCUAUGGAAUUCAAUAUGCCUAAUUCUAUAAAAUCUAGUGAAAAUGAUGAAACUCUUCAAACGACGUCUGAUUUCUACACAUCAUUACAUUCAUUAUCCUUACCAAUAUCACGAAUGAUCCCAUCAAAUCUGUUGAGUGAUAAUGUUGACAGUAAAAUUCUAUUUAGUCAUUUUAUUCUAUUAAAUUUUCGAUUUUGUUUAAAUGAUUUACGCUUAUUAAAUGGUUGGAAUUCUCAGGCUCAGCAUUGUUUAUUAGAUGCUAGGAUAUAUUUAAUAGAAGCAACCGAACAACUCGAAUCAUCUAUAUGUAAUAUUUAUUUGAAUAUUUUACAUUCAUCUAUCUUUUAUAUACAUGAUCAUAUCAUUGAAAUGAAUUUUUAUAACAAACUAUCAUCUAUUUGUUAUUUAAUUGGAAUAUGGUGUAAAACAUUAUAUGAUAAUAGUAAUUGUAUUAAUAAUCAAUCCAUUAUGCCUAUAACCAAUAUUGGAUUAUUUAAUUGUCCAAAGAAGAAUAUGAAUUCAAAACAGUUUAAUUUAAUGACACAAGAAAGCUUGUCUAGACGAAAAUUCUUUAGAUUCAUUGAGUAUCUUGGAUUGAAUACACGUCAGUUAAAUGUACGUAUUUACUUUGGUAAUGUUGGUGGUUCUCGUACUUCAGUACGUAACAAUAACAUCAUUACCAGUAGUACUAGUAUUACUCGUCAUAAUGUAGAAGAAUUCGGAGCAUCUGACAGUACUGUUAGUGAUGAUAAUUCUGGCGGUGGUGUUAUUAUUACACAUUGUAAAUCAGUGAAUUGUACUGAUGAUUUUAAUACAGAACAACAAUAUCCUGAUCAUAUUCAAAUUGGGAUGAUGGAAAAAUUGAAAAGUAGAAAAAUCCCACAAAUUUUAUUUGUACUCAUUCCUGAUCUAAAGUCACCUGGAUUACAGUUAGGUUUUACAAAUUCUCUCGUAAAUCUUCAAUUUGAUUUUCAUGAAUUGAAUCUGAAAAAAUCAUUUGAUUUGUUGAAUCUAACCGAUUUAAAUUUAAAGCUAUCGAAUUUCCAUGUUUGUUUAUUGGAUAAAAUUCAUGGAUCUAUUUUUGAUGAAUCACAUACUUCACAGGCACCGUCAUUAUCAUUACCCCAUUCUUAUAGUCUUUAUUCUAUUCGUUGUAAUCAAUCCAAUGCUAUUUACUCAUUAAUACAUGAACUGCCUACUUUAAAUAACCAUCAUUGGGAUGAUCUGUUCUAUGUACAUGGAAUCGAUAUUUGGAAUCACAAAUAUCAAAUAAGUUUAAAAUUCACCACAUUACAAAUAGAAUGGCCAUCAUUUAAAAUAAAUGAAUUAAUGAAUUAUAUACAUUGGGAUUAUUCAAAUAAGAAUGUUUAUCAAUGUUAUAAUAAUCAUGUCAAUAAAUUGUCAAUAAAUCGUUCCUCUUCAAUUCAGUGUUAUUUUACAGAGAAUUAUCUGAAUAAUCCAAUUCAAUUUGAUGGAUUUUUAGAGAAUAUCAACAUUUUUUUUAUAAACAGUAAUAAUUCAUUUAUUAUGCUACGUAUAGAUAGUCAACGUUUCAUUGCACAAUUUCGUUCAAUUAAUCCUAUAUAUCAACCAUUAAAAUUAGACAGUCUAUCACAGAUCACUGUAACUGGAGCUAAAUUAGUUUACAGUUAUAUUAAGAAAUUGGACAAUGGUGUGGAUACUGUAUCAUGCUGUUCAUCAACAUCAUCAGCAUCAUUUUCCUCAAAUUCAUCACCAUGUCCUUAUGCAAUAGUAUCUAGUUGCGAUAUAAAAAAUGAUCUCGUUUUAUCAUUAACUGAAAUUCGUGUUGAUGUUAAAUUGCCCGAUCAAUCUAUUGAAAUUUCACCAAAUAAUCAAUCGUGUGAAUUUAUCUGGUCAUUGGGAUUUCAUUUGUGCUGUUACAAUUUAUUACGUUCUUGGAAACAAUUCUAUGGGAAAUUGUUCAAACAAUCUAGUACUGUAUCAUUGAAUAAUUCAUCAAAUACAUGUGAUCCAUUCUUAGUCCCUACAAUCAACAAUACUACUAUUAAUGGUACUAUUGAAUUGAAUAGUAGUAAUGGUUGGCAUUUAAGCAUAAAACCAAUUCAAUCAUACUUUCAAUUUUAUUUUAAACUAUUAACAAACAAACAUUUUAUCAUGGUACGUGUAAAAAAUACCUCAUUUCAAUAUACUCCAAAGACAAUAACUAAUACUGACAAUAAAAUUAGCAAUAGUAACGACAGGAAAAACAGAGAAGUUUUGUUAACGAAUAGUACUAAUAUGGAUGAUGAUAACAAUAAAAAUAAUAUCGGUUGUAUUGUUUCUAGUCGAUUAAAAGUGAAUUGUGAACAUGCAGUGAUUAUGUGUGAAGAUCAAACAAUCGCUGUAUUUCAGAAUUUAAAAAUACGUCAAAGACCAAAAAAUAUUCAACAUCGUACAGAACAUUUAAAGAUGGGUUUACUUACUCGAGCCAAUCCUUCUUGGGAAUUUUAUAUGGAUCUGUUGUAUGUUACAUUUCCAUAUCGAUAUAUAUUUCGUGAUGUUUAUCAGGAGGCAUCAUGUGUUAGAAAAUUUCUACUUAAACUACACUCUAAUAAUAUUACAUAUUUUCAUGUAAACGAUCACACUUUUGAUCAAUCAAAAAAGUCUUCUCUACCAAAUGAAAAUGUAACACUUAGUAAUCCCACUUCACCAACAUCUAUACAAUCAUCACCAUCAACGUUCGGAGUAUAUUCAUCGUCAACUGCUCGAAUAGAUUAUAUACAGUCGUCAACAUCAUAUAUAAAACAGGAUAGGAUUAUUCAUAUCAAAAAAUUCGUUAUUGAAAUUAAAGAUGAUCCGUUCGAAUGUAAAUUAAACGAUAUUCAUACUAUUUUGUUGGAUGAAUUCGCCGUUCAUGAGAAACGUGUAAAUACACUACGUGAACAAAUUGACAGAGCAAUUCAUUCAGGCAUACGUUUUACUGAUGAAGAACGUCAAGCAUGUUUCACUCGUAUAGAAAUGCAACGUGCCAAAGAUUACCGUAAUCGUUUACAUCGUUUCUAUUGUGAUUAUGCUUUUUCCGAUGAAUUAUUUACAUUCACUAUGGAUAAUUUAAAAAUCAAAGCAUUAGCUGAUGAAAGUAUUACACAUGGUGAACAGGUCAUAGCACAGAUGAAAAUUAUGGAUAGUGACAGUCCAUGGCCAAAUCUUACUGAGCAAGAUUUUUCUACUUUAUGGUGUCGUAUUAUUACAAUGAAUGUUGAACGAUGGCGUCUUCAACUACGUGAUUAUCCUAAACCUUGUUUGAAUAUAACUGAUCUUUUUCUAUGGGGCAAAUUAGUUAUAGCUGAACAGAUGGCUGAUAAUAAAGGUCAACAUAAAGUUGUUAUUGAACCUGGUUAUCCUUGGCCAAAUUAUACAUUGAUUCGAUUCAGUUCACCAACUAAAUUCUAUUAUGAUUUAAAUGCAGAUUUAAAAUCUUUUCAUAUAUAUUAUGGUGCUAAUUGGGAACCAACUGUCUCAUGGUUUAAUCAACGUUUAGAUGAUAUUAAACCCUUAAUAAAAGACAAAUCUUAUCCGCCAUUAGGUUGGUGGGAUAAAAUACGUUUACUAUAUCAUGGUCAUUUGUUAUUUGCUGUUGAUACAAUGCAUUGGUCAUAUUCAACAAGUUUAAGUCCAUAUAAUGCAACAGAAUUUUUCACAUGGCAAUGGAAUCGUACUGUUGUGCAUUGGGAAAAUGGAGUUAUAAGAAUUGAUGGUGAUUUAGAUAUUGUCUAUCAAACUGCGUCCAAGUAUGAUGGAAUAUGUCGAUUAUUUCAUAUACCACAUUUAGAAAUGACAGUGAAAUUAGACUGGUUAUCAUUACGUGAUCCAAAUGAUCAUCAUUCAGUGAAAUAUUGUUAUAUGGACUAUCUAUCACCAAGAGAACAGACUCAGCACGACUCCUUUAAAUACUUCCGGGCUAAUCGUUUAGCUAUGGAUAUUAACUUCACCGUGAAACCACCUCCAACUGGAUCAUCUACUAUGGAUCAAAGACCUUGGUGUUCAUUCUAUACAAGUGUAUUGAAAUUUGCUGAUAAACUACGGAAUUGUCUAUCACAAAUUCCUCGUCCUAUUCGUCGUGGUUCUUUAUAUCAAUAUAAACCACCAAGGAAACCACAUUUUGGACGUCUACUUCAAUCAUUAGAAUUUAGUAUUAACAUACCCCAAUUAGAAUUAAUCUUUUGGGUCUCUUAUGCUAAACGAACUGGUGUUCAUGUUAAUACUGGACCAAUUCAAAUUAUUGGUAAAUUAAAAUGUAAAAUAGAAAAUGAAAUUAAAUUAAAUCGAUUAAUUGGAAAAUUCAACACUUCAUCAGCCUCAUCGUCAUCAACGACUGUAAUCGUACCAGAUGUUGAAUCAACUCCUUUAGAAACUACCAGUACAACUAAUGUCAAUGAACAAACAACUAUUCUACAUCCAUAUGUAAUGAUUCCACCAAGAUUAUCAAUUCAACGUAAUGGUUUAUCAAGACGUCCUAUUGUUAAUUGGUGUGUAUUAAAUUUAUACGCUAGUAUACAUGAUAUUGCAAUACAUUUGAGACAUAGAGAUAAUCUUCCUGGUCCAUUAAUUCAAAUGUUAUUGCAGUGUAUGAAUACAUAUCAAAAUUGUAUUAAUGAUAUUAGUAACAAUCUUCAGUUAAACCAUCAUAAUUUCAGCAUUCAUGACAUAGAACAACUGGAUACUGAAGAAAUGAAUAAUGAUAUUGAAGCAUUUAUUCUAGUCCCAUUAUUACGUUAUCAACAACUCUGUCCAACUGUUCUCCCGUCAAAUACAACUGUACGUGUGCAUAUACCUGGACCACGACCCACUGCAGUGACAUCUGUGACUACAUCUACAACUAAUACUAAUACCAAUGAAAAUAGUAAUAUUUGUAACAAUAAUUCUGGAAAUACUAAUCUCAGUCCCUCUAGCAUUAAAUGUCAUCCAAUUGAAUCCAUAAAGAAUAAUACAUCUAUCAAUUCUACGUCUACAAUUACUGAAAAUAUAAGUGCGGAUGUUACGUCGACAUCACAGGUUGUUGAUGAAAAAACAUUGCCAUUUAGUAAUUGUAAUAAUAACAACCGUACUACUUUUAAUAAUAUUAAUCAUAUACAAACCCCUAGAUAUAACUAUACUGCUACACUCUGCAGUAGUAACAGUCAGUUGACACACGAAGAUCUCACUCCUGUUCAUCAUCUUGAAAUACAUGAAUUUAAAAUGCGAUGGACAGAACAACAUAGAAAUCUUGUCUAUAUUCUAAUGGAUAGUUAUCGACAUGCUCAAUCGCUGAAAAAGAAUUUAUCAGCUCGUGCACUACAUGGAUUCCGAUUACAUCCUGGCGGUAAUGGUAGUGGUCAUACAACAACAAUGACAAGUGGUGGCGGUGUCUCGGGUGCUGUUGGAAGUUCCGGUAUUGGAAAACUGGGUGUCUGUAGUAGCAGUAGUAGUGGUGGCGGUGACACAGCUCUUAGUCGAAAUGCUCGUAGUGCAAUUCAAUUAACAAACAAUGUUAAUAAUAAUGGUUGUAUAUUAUUAAAUUCUACGGAUAAACGUCCAUUAUCUACUGUUAUUCAACCAUCUGAUUCAUGUAAUUUGUCAAAAUUGACUAAAUCAAAUUAUAAUGAUAAUUGCUUACUGAUGAAAAUGCCUACAACUGAUGAAAUGUUACCAGAUAAUAUCAACAUGCCAUCAAAUGCUGUGACUAUGGUGACGGCGACAACAACAACAACUAAUAAUAAUAACAACUCAGAAAUGAAGGAAGAUAAUUAUGAUGAUGUAUAUUUGUCAACAAACUUAUCACCAUCAUCUGAGUCGAAUAAGUCGAAGUUAACGUUUUCUAAACAGAUACCAAUGUUGGCACAGUUAUUAGAGGAAGUAGAUACAGCACGUUUUUAUGCUUAUUGUGAAGAAGAACCCAAACAAACUGACGUAGUAUCACAACUACAAGGUUUACAUAUCUGUGCGUCUAGUUUAGUUGCUGAACGUAAUUGGCAUUUGGAAUUAAUCAAUCCUCAGUUAAUGUUAAAAACAAAUCAUUUAGCCGGUUAUGUCUUAGUGUCCGCAGCCAGAGCCAAGUUGGAUGCGUUAACUCAUCCACCGAUAUGGAAGGAUUCACAAUUGUUGAAUAAAUCUAGCUUGGUUGGACAUUUGGAAUGUAUGCAAUAUUAUGCUACUGUUGGACAAGUUCUUCCAGAAACACCUGAUCAAUGGUUAUCUACAGCUGAUGUUAGUGAUUGGACACAUCAUAAUUUGAAUGCUGAUGAAGAUGCAUUAAGUGGACGACCUGAAGUAGUAGGUUGUGGUAGAUCCGUCGGUGGUGUAGUUACAGCAUGUGUUGGUUUUCCUAAAACCCCUUCAAACAAUAAUAAUAUUAGUAAUAUUAAGAAUCCGUUAACUCGAACAAGUACAUUGACCUUUGGUACAAAACUAAUGAGUAACGAUAUGACACUCAGAAAUAAUGUUACUUUAACUUCUACGAUGGUUACAACCACACCAACCACUACUACAGUCACUAGUUCUACUUCUGAACUCCAUUCGAAUUAUAUUCGUCCUAUCCAACUACAACGUAUGAUAUCUCGUUGUUCAUGUGAAGUAUUUUAUAUACAUUAUGAACCUGCUGAUCCAGCAAAUUUACCACUUCCACAUCUAAUCCCACCGCUAUCACUAGAUGAAACAGAAGUGGUUCGUAAUCCAGAAGGAGCUGACACAGUCACUCUAUUGCAUCAUACGCUAAAUGUUUCCACAAAUUCUCUCCAAUAUCAUAUGAUUGUAGAGAUUGUGAACGACCUUUUGUUGUAUGUUGAACCACAAAGAAAGGCUAAAUUGGAACGUAAUCGUUUGACAUUUGGUUUAAUGUCUGAAUCACAAGUUCGUUUAGCUAUAUCACGUGAUCAAGAGACUUUACGUCGUUUGAUCUUUGAACAACGGCAAUUGGAACGUUAUUUAUGGUCAUACGUCAGACAAACUAUGCAAGAAUUAGGCUUAGAUGCUAAUAAUACAUUAAUUAAUCAUUCUUAUCCUUCAGCUUUUUAUCACUCUCCUACUACUGACAGUAGUAAUAAUGUUACAUCGAGAACAUCAGAUUUAACUCUGAAAUUAGUCAAUUGCAUACAAAGUGCUCGAAAAUUGGAAACUCAAAUUAAUCAAUUAAAAUCUCAUAUUAUUGAUUUAAAUGGUAUAUUAUCACAACGUUUAGGACAUUAUCAACAAUUACAAAUACAAAUUCAACGUCGACAUAUACGUAAAGCAAUGUCAUUUAAACGUUAUCAUCCAAUGAAUAAAUCAUCAGCAUCUUCAUCAUUAUUAUCAUUUAAUAAUGAGAUUUUAUCAUCAAUUACAAAUUCUAAUAAUGUUAGUUUAAUACAAAAAUCAUCUAAUGAUGAUUGUAACCGAAUUAUUCAAACAAACAAUAAUGAAUCAGAAACUUAUAUACAAAAUCGAAUCAAUUUACAUAAUGCAUCUUCUACAGACCAUUUAACUCAUCCUACUGCGAAAACUAUGAGUAAUAAUAAUACUGGUCAGAAUCAUUUAAUUACUGAAAAUAUCAUAUCAGAAAGUAGUAAUAAGUCAUUGUCAUCAUCGUCAUUUAUGGAUGGUGGUGAUAGUAAACCAGCGGAAAUUGUUCGACGAAGUGAGGUGUGUUUUGAGCAUGCAAGAUGGCGUAUGACUGAAAAUGAUGGACAAAUAGGUUUAGCUGAUGUGGAACUACGUGGUUUUAUUUAUACAAAAACACAUCGUCAAGAUGAUUCUGGUUCACAUCGUUUAGAAUUAGGUUGGAUACGUGUUUGUAGUUUAGCACCGAAUUCAUUUUAUCGAGAAGUUUUAGCUCCUGAUGUAUCUGGAGGUCGUUAUGCUGGUGGUCCGAUUCUACGCAUCGCUUGUUCUGAUUUAGCUCCAGUUGGUGGAAUAUCGGUGAAAGAAGCGAUGGAAAUUAGUGUUGCACCAAUUGUAUUACAGAUGAGUAAGCAAUUUUAUCGAAUUAUGAUGCCUUUCUUUUUUCCUGAAAAAUCUGAAGAUACUAUUACUAAUAAUACUGUCACCGCUACCCCUGUUCAUACUGCAACCAUAGCGAACCCAACAGGAGACCAUGUUGGGAUUGUUAGUGGUACCAGUACUGAUGCAUUUCAUUAUCUGGAUUCGAAUCUAUCUACAAAUGCAGAUAAUCCACAGAAUAUCCUUUUACCAAGUAAAUCAUGGCUACGACGUUAUGUACUCCGAAAAUUACCUCAUCGUUUCAAAAAUCAGAGCGAAUCAGUACCAUCAACUUCAUCAUUAUUACCUGAACCAUUAAAUUUUAUCCAUAAUUCUCGUCAAUCAGAUAUUUUAGAAAAUAUAUCGUCAGAUUUAUCCAUGCCGAUUGUUGUUUCAACCCCGGCUACAACAGUAACAUUUACUUCAUCAUUAUCACCAUCAUCAGUGUGCAUUCCAUCAAAUAAUUUAACAAUCGAAGCUGCUAUAUCUGGACGAAAUUAUUGUAGCGUCAAUGAUGAUUGGAAUGCAUUGAAUAAUAAUGCAACAAGGUCAGGGACAGAAAUAACAGUAGCAUCGUCACCAUCGCUUACGUCGUCUUCUGUUACAACGUCCAAAUUAUUACAAAUGAUGAAUAUGCGAACAAAAUUACCCAUAACCGACUAUUUACGGAGUCAAAACGAGUUGGUAUUUCCCAAUCUUUUUCACACGAAUGAAUAUGACGUUAAAUCAUCAUCAUCAUCAUUGUCCCCUAAUCAUAAAUCUAAUGAAUGUUUUGCAAUACCAGUGACAUAUUCAAAUUAUAACGACACUACUACUGAUAAUUUUUUCAUGGUAAUGCAACAACCAACAUCGAUAUAUUUACAACAAUUAUUACCUGUAAACAAUAUAUGCACAUAUUGCGAAUCUAUUCAUUCAACCUCUAAUAAUCAUCAUCUUCAUUCUUUGAAUAUGUCAUUGUAUAAUCCAAUCAGUUAUGGAUCUCUACCAAUGGAUCAAAUAACAUCAAUUAAUCAAAUCGCUAUGCAUCAUUCAAAGCAUAAUAUUAACAAUACAAAUAUACCAUUGAAUCCAGUCGAUGUAAUGCAAGAAAGAGCUCGUCAGAACAAAGUAUUUCUAUACAUUAAAAUUCCUGGUUUUCCAAUACGAUUAAGUUAUAAGGGUGAAAAACAAAAAAAUAUCACUGAUGUAACACGUUUUGAAUUGUUUAUUCCAACACUGGAAUAUCAUAAUUGUGUUUGGACGUGGUUAGAUUUUGUAAUGGAAGUAAAAACGCGUAUACGUAAACAACUUGUCCGUGAAGUGAUAAAGAAAAAACUUACACCUCGACGGCGUUUACCACUUCUACGUAUCUCUGGUACCAAUAGCAGUAAGAAUGAUAAUAAUAGUAGUAUUGCUGCUAAUAGUAGUACUGAUUCUAAACCACAUGAGUUAACAACAUCAAAUAUCCUGUUAUCAUCUGUUAAGCGACUCAGUUCAUUAACUCCUUCCACUGUUACUGGCGGUCGUGCUGAUUCAACGAUGCAUUCACCUGAUGUCGAUGAUGAUGAUGAUGACCUAGUCAAUCCAACAACUGUUGCUGCACAAGAGGAAAAAGCUCAACGUGAUUUAGAAAUGAUAUUAGGUCGUCAUGCUCAAAUACAACCUAACAAGGCGGGCAAACGAAAACGUUUUAAAUCGAAACAAUUUUAAUUAUAGUUUCUCUUAAUGAAACAUUAACUUCAUUUUGUUUGUUUUUUUGUGAUGGAUGGCUAAUAUUUUUCAAAUGAGUGCUUGGUGUCGACAAUGAAGUUGAUGGUUAGACUUUACCAAAAUUCUAUGUAUUUAAAAUGUGCACGAUCUUUCUGUUAUCACCAAGUAAAUUCGUUUUUUAUCUUUUUCAUUUUAACUUUAAAUUUUUUUAUUUGGCUUUCUGACAAAAUCGCUUCUAGUGGAUUAUUUACUUCUUGAUAUAUAUGUAUAUAUCACUUGUACAGUCUUACUAAUGGACAUUCCCUUAUACAUUAUGUAAUAUUUGUUGGUAAUACUUUUACCAUUAAAACUGCUAUUGUGAUUAUACAUUCAUUUCAAAUAAAUAUAAUAAAUACAAAA